GGCUGUGUAUCGUCCUUGAAUUUCCGGGUCCAGUUAGAGCAGGACUGUGUGUGCGGGAUGGAAACGCGGUGUUUGUGUAUUUUGCUGGUCUGUGUACUGUCACUGAAUCAUGCCACAGCCGACAAUGGCAGCGUUAAAAAGAUGAAGAUGCAAUAUACAGGGAUGCCACUGCUGAAAUUUCAGUUUUGUGUGUCCUGAGGGUACAGGCGGGUGUUUGAGGAGUACACUCGGGUUCUCACCCAGAGGUACCCAGACAUCCGCAUCGAGGGAGAAAACUUCCUGCCACAGCCCAUAUAUAGGCACAUAGCUUCCUUCCUCUCUUUCUUCAAACUUGCCUUGAUUGGUUUAAUUAUCCUGGGAAAAGACCCUUUUACAUUUUUCCACAUUGAGACUCCAGGAAUCUGGAUUUGGGCGAAAGAGAAUAAGAUAUAUGCCUGCAUGAUGGUGUUCUUCCUCAGCAACAUGAUUGAAAACCAGUGUAUGUCCACCGGCGCCUUUGAAAUCACACUUAACGAUGUUCCCGUGUGGUCAAAGCUGCAGGCGGGACACCUGCCCUCCAUGCAGCAGCUGGUGCAGAUUUUGGAGAAUGAGAUGAAGCUGAGUGCACACAUGGACUCUCUGCCUCACAGACGGGCGUAGAGGUGUGGUGUGUGAUGCGAGGCAUUGGUGUGUGUGAGGGCAUUAAUGAAGGUUUGCACUGAACGCAGUGUGUCUGCUGGUUCAGACUGGAUGUCCAGCCCUCUCUCACUGCUCCAAGGUUCUCUCUGUAUCCACAGCCCUACGGUCCUCGGCUAAUAAUUAUGGAGGAAAUGGAAGGUUUCAUCUGCAGAUAUUCUGUUGUCAUCGACCAAUAAACACACAUGCUGUUAAAUGGGUUUAAAA